AUGAUUACCAUAGUUUACGGUCGUGAAGUGUUGGAAGUACAGGCUGAAAGUGAGAUUGCGUGUAAUAUCCCAAUUGCAAUCGAGCGCUGGACGGGUCUUCCACCGUCAGCCUACUACUGUACACAGAAUGGACGUCGGAUCACAUCGCUCGAGUGUGGCAGUUUGCGUCCGGAUGUUCCCGUGCGCAUCGUCGAACGGCUGCCAGGUGGUAAGGGUGGUUUCGGCUCGAUGCUGCGUGCAAUCGGUGCACAGAUUGAGAAAACUACCAACCGGGAAGCGUGCCGCGAUCUAAGCGGACGUCGGCUGCGUGACAUUAACGAGGAAAAGCGCCUAAAGGCGUACCUGGAAAAGCAACAGGAAGAGGGCGACGGUAAUGAACGGGUCAAGGCGGAACGCAAGAUAUCGAAGCUACUGUCGAAGCCGAAGCACGAGUUUGCGGAUAGCGAGUACGAGCACGCACGAAGCGAGCUGAUUGUGGCGGCCGACGAAGCGAUACAGGAAGGUUUGAAUAAAGCAAUCGCGCUGGAGAUGGGACAGGGCGCGGAACAGGAACCGGUAUCUAAGGGGGUGGCGACUGGCAGCCAACUGCCGAUUGCGAUACCGGAGCCCACUGGCAGCCGGAAACGGAAGCAUCCCGAUCCGAAGGGUACGGUGCAGAUGAAGAAGGGUGCAUCGAAGCUCUGGUUGAGUCCGGAUGAUCUAAGCUCUUCCAGCGAUACGGACGAAGAUGGUAGCUCGGAGGAGAACUCCGCAGUAAUUGAAAGUAAUUUCUCCGCAGUAAUCCGGAGUGCUGUGCUGAGUAAAAACUGCUGGAUAAAAAAAAAGCUGGCGUAUGUAUUUGUAAUAUAA